AAUGUGAUUGAGAUAAAAAUUUUAUAUACAUGUUAUUCAACAAUGAUGAUGAAAAUCUCUCUAUUAUUGAGGUAUUUUAUAUUUACAUUUUUUUUUUAAAUUGUUACCCUGUUUGUUUAAUAUUUUACAUUCAUUGUAUUGUAAAUUUUUUUUCUUCUAAAUGAUUGAUCAUUAAUAAUCAUUAUUGUGUCAUUGCUGCCAUUUUGAAUAGAAUAAUAUAUAGUAUUAUUUUGUGUGUUUGUUUAUACUUCUCAUAUUAUUUUAAAUAGAAUGGAAACUGAGGUAACACAAGGAAAAUCAAAAGCAGUUUGGGAUUCAACAACACAUGAGAAAUGGAUUGAUUUAGCUGUAGAACAAGUGAGAGCUGGCAAUAGAAAUGGAUCACAUUUAAGCAAAUUAGGUUGGAAAAUUUUUAUUGAAAAAUUUAAUUUAAAGACGGGUAGAAAUUAUGAUCGAAAACAAAUGAAAAAUCAUUGGGAUAAUGUUAAAAAGGAGUGGCAGUUGUGGGAUUCAUUACUUAGAGGAGAGACUGGACUUGGUUGGGACAUGCAAAGGCAAACAGUUGAUGCUCCUAAUGAAUGGUGGGAGGAAAAGUUACAAAAGUAUCCUGAUGCUGCUAAAUUUCGAGUGAGAGGUUUAGAACAUUCUUUCAAGCUGGAUGAGUUGUUUAGAGAUGUUACCGCUACAGGGGCUAGAGCUUGGGCACCAACUUCUGGUUCACUUCCUCCUUUAUACACAGAGGAUCAUAAUGAUAUAGAGAUCGAUGAGAAUUCAGAGGAAAGUGACCAUGAGAGAGUGUGUCAACAAAUAAGAAAAGAGAAGAAUUUACUUGACCCAAAUAAGAAGCAAUUUAAGAAGGGAAAAAGAAAUAAUUCUACAACAGCAAAGUUGUCCAAACAACUUGAUGAAAUUUGUGAGGCAAUAAAAAAUAGGAGCUCAUACAUACGUACCGAUCCUCCUGGAUGUAGUGUUCAAGAAGUGAUGGAUAAAUUAGCUACACUUCCAGGUUGUGAACCAAUGAGCCCUCUAUUCAAAGUUGGUACUAAUUUAUUCAUGAAGAAAGCAAAUAGGGAAAUUUUUGUUGCUUUGAAGGAGCCUAAAUAUCAAAUUGAAUGGCUGAAAGAACAGGAUUUGAACUUCUAA